AUGCCAGCAGCUCAGUGGACUACUAAGGAACAAUACAAAUGGCUCCAUGAACAGUUGCUGGAGUAUAUUGCACUACACGGCGAGGACAAGGACUAUGCGCACUUCUGGGCCAAGACUCAUCUUUAUUGGUUUAAAAGUUGGCCUGAGCGAGCCGCCCUCUUCCCCGAUAUCCCCAUCGAAAUACCACUAACAGAAGAGCAACAAGCUGAAGAACUUGCUGCCGAAAAAACGUGUAAAGUACGAUUGCAGACCUGGUUCCGUUGGUGGACAAACACGUCCAAGAAAAAUCGUGGCCUCAAGAAGGAAAUUUCCGUAUUUGAAAGCGCACUGCUGCCGAAGUCGCGUGCAAAAUCUGUCGAAGAAAUCUACAUGGAUAUGGUCUACGAUGAAUGGAUCAAACCUCUAGUAGCGGCUGAACAAGAGGCAGGUAAUGUAGCUACAGCUGGUCGCCGCAUGGUAUUGGGCCGAAAGUUUUGCAAAGAGCUCCUGGAAGAUGAGUCAGACGAGGUGAAGAAGGAGGUGAGAGAGAAGUACAAUAAGCAGAAAAAGGUAAAGAAGGACAUGCUACACGAUAAAGCCGACGAUGACGACGAUGACGACGAAACCGACGCUGAUGCCAUUGUGAAAGGUAUCGACAAUUUACCAAUCAUAUGCCAGCGCUUUGCAUGCCUCAUCAAGAAAAAGACUCGAUUUAUAGUCUCCUUCAUGUGCGCUGGACCAGACCCGAGGCAGAAUUGGAAUAUCGUAACUUUAUCGUGCCAUCCAUCAGAAACUCCUGCUGGGAACGACUUUUCUCAGUUAUGCCCUGACAAGGACAACACUUUCCUUGCCGCAUACCAGGAAUACGCUGAGUUGAUAUUCCAUAAGCUAAUCCUUUGUAACCCACUGCUGCCAGAUGUCGAAGACGGCGAUCAGACUGAGGAGCUCGAAGGAUGCAACAGUGGCAAAGAAUCCGAGGAUGGUGAAGAGAACGACGAAGGACAACAUGGUGAUUCCAUUGACUGGGAUAAUCUAGGCUUCGCAAGUUCCUCGACCGGAAUCAGUGAUGCAUCACCACUCAGUGAACUUAAUCAAUCCGCACUCUACUCUGAGACACAGGCACAAUGUGAUGCAUCAUUCGUACAGGCCCAGCCUGAUGCACUGUUCAAACAGGCCCAGCCUGAUGCAUCAUUCAAACAGGCCCAGCCUGAUGCAUUGCUCGAACACGCAUGGGACAACAUUGCCACCAUGCCUCCCAAUUCGUUUAGCACGCUGCAAUCCAGUGUGCCUGGUACCGUCGAGGCGCUUGGGUUGUCUUUUUCCCAUGCUGAUCUUAUGGCACUGGGUUAUUUUGGUAGCGACAACACCACGCAGAACUUAUUUUCCCCCGCAUUCAGCUCAUCAGCGCCCUCAUUUGACACACAAUAUGACACGCACACGUGGAAUGGUGCCAAUUCUGAUUCACAGGGGUGGGAGAUGCAUAGCCUGCCCUCCUUCUUGAGCUCUCCAAUAUCUGCCGAGCGCAGCACUGCCACAACUGAGCAGGAUGACGCCCUUCCUCAGUUCACUCAACAGUUGCCCAUUCUUCCAGCGGCAAAUCCUCCUUCGCCAACUGAGCAGGAUGACACCCUUCCUCAGUUCACUCAACAGCUGCCCAUUCUUCCAGCAGCAAAUCCUCCUUCUCCGACCGAGGGCAUACAGGAUCUUGCUGACACUCACGCUGGUGCUGGUCUUGCUAAGUCAAAGCGCAAAUUCAAGUCAAAGCCCACUACCAAAGUCAAACACAAUCCCGCCAUGGAGUCCACCCCCAUCAUCGCACCCAUGAACACUGCCAAACCCAAACCCAAACCCAAACCCAAAGCAAGACCUGUCGCCAAAUUAACGGAGACAUCGCACACCGCUGUGGAUGAAGGCAAUCCUGUAGCUCAACGUGCCUCAAAACGAAUUCCAAUCAAAUCCAAGUGGAAUGAUAUUGCCGACGCCAUUGGGUCAGAUGGUCUGACAUUUGUUAGCAUUGGUAAGGAAACUCAAUCUGUUUCAGAGGAUGCUAGGGCAAUGAAGCAUCCCGCUAACUUAACCAUGGAGGGUGUGAUUUCUGCAAAGAAAAAGCGAACGAAGGCGUGA